AUCAAGAAAAUUUAUAAAAUAUAAAUUUGGAUUAUAUAGUUUAAUAAGUAAGGGAAAAAGUUGGACUUAUAUUUGCUUUCUUACCUGAUUAUGACUAAGAAUUAAUGCCUUUUUUAAUUUUCUUAAGCUCUAAAUUUUAAGAUUUCGGUGAAUUUUUAAUUUCUUAUUGUCUGUAAGAAGAGUAGUUUUCAUGCUAGGAAAUUUAUUCAUAAUUAAUAAUGUUAAUAAUAAUUAAUUCAUAAAGUACUGAAUUACUAAUUAAUCGUUUAGUUAAAUUAUUUGAUUUUAUAAUCAGGAAAAAAGAAAACCUCGUCAAUAUUUAAAAUUAUUUGCAUGCAUUUGUUAAUAUUAUUAGAUUUUUAAAUACUAAAAGCAAAUUAGAAAAAUAAAAAAUAAACAAAACUUUAGUUUAAUCUUUCGAUUUAAUUUACUAAAUAUUUCAAAUUUUCGAAAAUCAGUAAUUUUUGUGUAAUAAAAGCUUAAUCAAAUUUAUUAUUAAUUUAUUGGAUUUGCCAUCAUGUAUUUCAAUUGAAAAAAACGUCGAAAUAAUGGAAUAGACACUUAAUUAUCUAUGGCAAAAUGCAGAACUAAAUCCUGAAUUAUACGAUGUUAUAAGCGUAAUUAUAAAAGGAGGCAAAAAAUAAUGUUUUGAAUGGUUUAAAAGAGAAAAAAUCAUUGAAGAAAUAAUAGAAAAACACCAAAAAUACACUGGGAUAAAUAAUAAAUAUUCAUAAACGAAUAGCUUAUUGAAUAUAUUAGUUUCCUUAAUAGAAAAUUGUGAAAUAAAGGAACAAAUAAUAUUAAAAGAGGAAUUUCAUAUAAAAAUAUAUAAAAAGUAUCUAGAAAAAUCAAAAUAAAGUAACAUAAACUAUUCAUUAUUAGUAGAAUUUAUGAAGAAAUGUGUAAUUGAAAAUGAUUAAGAGAAAGAAAAAUUAAUUAAAAUUAUGAAAAAAGAUAUUAUUUAUUAUUAAGAAAAUGAAUUUAUUAGUAAAUUUUUCCUUCCUUUUUUAAAAUCUAUGAAUGUUCUUCUUAUUUCCUUUCAUGUAUUUGAUUCUAUCUCUUCAACGUGGGUAUUCGAAAACAAGACCUUAAUCAAAAUUCUUGGAAACAAUAAACUUAAUAAUUUCAACAUUUAAAAUAAUAACAAUUCUUUAUGCAAAAUAUCUUCUUCUUUAUUAUCUAAUAGAUAAAAUGACAUAUUUUCUUAAACAAUUAAAGACCUUACUGAAAAAAGCGGACUUUAUAAAGUUCUACGUAAUCAAGAAUGGAUACUGACACUUUCUUAGAAUUAAGAUAGUAUGGAGGCUCUAGUUCAACCUUUAAAAAAAAAAGUAUUAACAAAUGCACCUUUUGUUAUUAUUAUCUAAGGGUCUAAUGCAGGAAAUAAAUGUGUUUGUGGAGUUUUUUCUUCAUAAGGAAUGCAGCCUUGUGCUGAAAUAUCUGGAGAUUUUGCUAAUGAAGAAAACUAUGUAAUUCCAAAAGAAGAUGAUUGCUUCAUUUUUUAUUAUGAAGAUAAUUAUGAAAUGCAUUUUAAUGCUCAAGGAGAUUAAUGGGGUAAUUUUUCUUUUUCUGAUGAUUUUGGAGCUUCUUUGUCUUUCAAAUAUAAUAAAAUAGAUCGAAUUACUCUUUGUUUUAAUUUUAAUUCUUAGAGUUAUGUCGAUAUUAAUUUAUAUGAUAUGAAACCUAUAGAUAAAGAUUAAAGUAAUUUUCCACACGAUGUUCCAGCAGAUUUCUUAUUCGAAAAAGCUGAAUAUUAUACAUUAAAAUAAGAUAUAGGUAAAGGAAUAUUAGACAAAAAAACAAAUAGAGAAAGCUCAUUUUAAAAAUGUGAUUUUAGCGACAAACUAUUUGUAUUUGAUAAAAAUAAACUUCUCGAAGAAAACAAUUUACAUAAAUUAUAUAGAAUUAACCCUAUUUAUUAUAUAAAUGCAAAUACUAAAAUAUCUCAAAUUGUAAAAAACGUCAAAAUUUAAGGAAUGUAAUUAAAACGAAAAGAAGAAUUAAGUUUACAAAUAAACGACCAAUAAGUGAAUAUAAAUAGUAAUGAAUAAAUCAUGAAUUUCAAAAAUACUUAAUAAAAUGGGAUUAUUGAUGUUUUUUUGGAUAUUUCUUAAUUAUUUGAAACUUAGUCAAUUUAAUAAGUACCUUCUAUCUUAAACGAAAAAGAAGAUUAUCCUAUAUUUUAAUGUUUUGAAAAAUUUGAAGGAAUUAAAGAAAUUAUUAAGGUUGCUGAAAAAAGAUUAUUGGAAUGGGAAAAUCAAGAAAAGGCUAAUAAGUGGAUACUUUUUAUUUAAGAAUUAAAUGAAUUUGCUCAAAUAAAAGAUUUUAUGCAUAGUUUUAUAUAAAAUGAAUAUCUUCUUGAAGUUCUUUUAGAUUUAUUAGCUAUAAAUCAAGAUAGAAAAUAAAUAUAAUAAGAUGCCUCAUUAAAUAAUAUUAAUAAUCUUUAAUUAGUAAAUACAACUAGUAAAGCAUUAGAUAUUUUCAAUUCAUCAAAAAAAGAAUAAAAAGUAACCCCAAAUAAAUGUAAUUUAAAUGAAUCAGAAAACGGUAAUUUUUUAGAAGAAAAAGAAGAAAAAAUUGUAAAGAGUUUGUAUAAAAUACUGCAAGAAGUAUUAUAAAAACAUCCUUCUUAACUAUCUAAUGACUUUUUUAGACCAAUUCUAAAUAGAAUCUAAUAGAUAUCAAAAGAAAAUCCUAGAUAAAAAAAAUAAAAAUAAUAGGAAGAAGAAAAAUAGCAUAAUAUACAAUAAUAAUAAAAUCAAACUUAAGAAGAAGAAAUAUAAAUUCAAUAAAAAAUAUAAGCAAAAUCAGGUAUUGGAUAUGCAUCUGAUGCAAAUCAUAAUAAUCAAAAAUGGAAUAUUAACGAAUACGUAGAAGCUAAAUAAAAUAGAUCUGAAUAGCUUCUAUAACUCUUGGUUAUUUUAGAGUUUUCUCUAGACAAUAAACAAUUUUUGAACCCUUCGCAUGAAUUUUUCGAUAUUAUUUGCUAAAGUAGUCUUUUACCUUUAAUUGAAAGUGCUUUAAGAAGUGGCUCUUUAUUAGAUAUUUCUAAAGAAAGUGAACUUUUUUUUACUUAUUUAAGAAUUAUUAAGGUUUUUUCAACACAUUAGAAUUUAGUUUCAUUACUUUUUGAUUUAGGAGAUUAAUAUAUUCCUUUAUAAACUUAAAGUAUUUUUACUUUAAUCUCUUAAUUGAAAAAUACGGCUGACAUAUUUCUUUAAUGUUUGCCAAAAGAAAAAAAGAAAUCAGAUGAAGAAACAUAUUAAAUCGCAAUAAAAACAGAAGAACUUUAUAUACACUUAAAAAAAGUUGAAGAAAAUUAAUAAAAUUUUUAGAAAAAAAAUGAAAAUAAUAAUUUUUUUGAUCUAUAAUUAAGUCCUUCAGAAUAAUACAAAAAGUUUCUUGCCCCUCUCAGAUUCGGAUAUAUGAGCAUGAAAUAUGAAAAUAAUUAUAAACAUUUUUAUUCCUCUUAUAUAAGCUAAAAUAACAAUCCUUCUCAAUAAAAAAUUGUAAGACUUGCAUAAGAACUUUCCGAUAUGUACAAUAGCCUGCCAAUUGAUAUCACCAAUAGCAUUUUUGUUAGAUGUGAUAAUCUAAGAGUUGAUCUUUUGAAAGUCCUUAUUACUGGAUCAUCAGGUACUCCUUAUGGACAUGGAGCUUUCCUUUAUGAUGUAUUUUUUGAAGAUACUUAUCCUUAAACACCACCAAAAGUAACCCUUGUCACUACUGGGGAAUCAAAAGUUAGAUUUAACCCUAAUUUAUAUAGUUGUGGAAAAGUUUGUUUAUCUUUAUUAGGAACAUGGAGAGGGAAUGCUAGUGAAAAUUGGGAUCCUAAAAUAAGUACUCUUUUAUAAGUUUUGUUAAGUUUACAGGCUAUCAUUAUGACUGAAGAUGUCUAUUUUAACGAACCAGGUUUCGAAGGGUAAGCUGGAAGUGAUGAAGGUGAAAAAAAAAAUAGAGCAUAUUAAAAUAUUGUAAAAUAUUGCAAUAUCAAAUUUGCUAUGAUUGACUAAAUUUUAAAUCCUCCCAAAGGUUUUGAAGAUGUCAUAUAAAGGCAUUUUUAUAUUAAAAAAAAUGAAAUUCUAUCAGAAGUUAAUUAGUGGAUUGCUUAAGCCGAAUCAAAUGAUGUAAACUAUACAGGCUUAGUUUAUGGUCAUAACACUUUAUGGUGUUAAGAGUUCAGUUAACCAAAUAAAUACAAAGAAAUGCUUAUAGAAUUAGUGACAUAAUUAAAUAAAACUUUAAAUUAAAUACCUUCUCCCAAAACAACUGUUCCACAAAAAGAGACAACAUAAGAAUCCAAAAAAUAAAUAAAAAAAAGCAAAAAUAUAACUUAAAAAAAUUAACAAUAAGAAUAAGAGGAAGAAAUAGACGUAGAAUAUGAAGAUCAGGAAAAUACAAUUAAAAAUUUUUUAGAUAUAAAUGAUGAAAAUGUAAAAGAUAGAUGGAGUAGAUAUAUUUGUGCUAUGGGUGUAGACUCAGUAAAUAAGCAAUCAAAAAGUUCUGUUUUUUAAAUUGGUUUAGGUCCUCUAGGAGUAGAAAUUGCUAAAAAUAUAAUACUUAGUGGAGUUAAAAAGCUUACUAUCCAAGAUUCUAAGAAAGUCUAAAAGGAAGAUUUAUUCGGCUAAUUCUUUAUAACAGAAAAAGAUUUAAUUGAAUAAAGAAAACGCGUUGAUAGUUGUUUUAAUAAACUUUAAUAAUUAAAUACUUAUGUUGAAUUAGAAAAAAAUACUGAAGAACUAAACGAUAAUACUGAUUUAGAAAAAAAAUUUAAAUUUCAAGACUAUGAUGUUCUUUUGAUUACUGAAUUUAUUCCUUUCGAAAUUUAAAUAAAAAUAAAUGCUAUUUGCAGAAAAUUUGGAAUUAAAUUUAUUUCUGUGUUUAUUUUAGGUACUUUUGUUUUCUUUUUUAAUGAUUUUGGUGAUUCUUUUGAAGUUUUAGAUAAAGAUGGAGAAGAAACAUAAUUAUAUAAUGUCAAGUAAAUAUUUAUAGGAGAAAAUAAUUAACAAACUGUGCAUUUAAAUUAAAAACAUAACUUCGAAGAUGGAGAUUAUGUUGCUAUUUUAGAUGAAAAAGAAGCUUUGAAAUAUUAAAAUUAUAGUUUUUAAGAAGAAAAUUUACAUAAAAUUAGUGUUUUAAACCAUAAUUCUUUAAUAUUACAUCCUAAUUAAAAUAAUAAUUAAUAUAAACAAAAUAUUUAUUCAAUUAUUAAAGUUAAAAAACCUAUUUUAUUGAAAUUUAAACAUUUAAAAAAUGUACUUUUUAAUAUAGAAAAUGAAAAUGAAAUACCUUUUGAUGAUUCUUUGAAAUUUUAUGACUUUGAAAAAAUCGAUAAUUUGCAUAUUUUGCAUUAAGCCUUUUUAUGUUUAGAUAUAUUUUUUUAAAUGAAUAAAAGGUUGCCCUAAGCAUGGAACAAAGAUGAUGCUUAUAAAUUUAUUUAAAUUUAUAAAUAAAAAUACGUUAAAAAAGUUUAAGAAAACGAUACAGAUUUAUGUAAAAAAACUCUUUAAUUUUUAAAUUUGUUUUCCUAAACAUUAUCUGGUGUUUUACCUCCUUUAUGUGCAUUUGUUGGAGGAUUUACUACUUAAGAAAUUUUUAAAGCAAUAACAAAUAAAUUUAUGCCUACUAAAUAAUUAUUUUAUAUGGAUUUCUGUGAAUUAAUACACGAGGAAAAAUAAGAUGAAGAAAAAAAAGAGCAAGAUGAUAAUAAUAGCAAUAUUAAAAAUCCUUUAGAAAUAAUUAUAGGAAAAUAAGCAUAUUAAAAAAUUAAAUAAUCUAAAGUUUUUAUGGUUGGCUGUGGAGCUAUUGGUUGUGAAUUAUUAAAAAAUUUUGCAAUGAUAAAUGCUUGUAUAGAAGGUACAUUAACAAUUACAGAUCCUGAUUAUAUUGAGAAUUCAAAUUUGAACCGUUAAUUUUUAUUCAGAGAAAAACAUAUUAAAAAAUCAAAAUCUUUAACCGCCUAAGCUGCUGUAAUUUAAAUAAAUCCGAAUUUAAAAGGACAUGUAAUAGCAAAAACAGAAAAAUUAGAAGAAAACACCAAAAACAUUUUUACUGAUAAAUUCUUUGAAUAGCAAAAUAUUGUUGCUAAUGCUCUAGAUAAUGUUUAAGCUCGAAAAUAUGUAGAUUCUCGUUGUGUUAUAACCCGAAUACCUUUAUUAGAGUCUGGAACUUUAGGUCCUAAAGGACAUGUUUAAGUUAUAAUACCUUAUUUAACAGAAUCUUAUUCUAGUUAAGCGGAUCCUUAAGAAGAUAAUAAUACAGAUAUUCCUUAUUGCACGUUAAAAAUGUUCCCAGAAGAUACAAUACAUUGUUUAGAAUGGGCUCGUGAUAAAUUUUCGAAGAUAUUUAGUUUAAAACCUAAAAAAGCCGAAAAAGUAUUAAGACAAUAUAUUUCUGACAAAAAUGGAUUUAUUCAAAAUCUUAAAAAUGAUGAAGACUAAAAAUUACCCUAUGUAAGCUUGAAAAUUCUAAAAAAUAAACCGAAAAAUUGGGAAGAUUGUCUUUAAAAAGGUAUUUAAAAGUUUUAGAAAUAUUUCCGAUUAGAUAUUAUAAAAUUAUUACAAUAAUAUCCUAAAAACCAUAAAACUAAAGAUAAUUAAUAUUUCUGGAAACCCCCAAAACGUAUUCCUAAUGAAAUAAAUUGCCUAAAUUUAAAAAAUUAGUUUCAUUUAUAUUUUAUCCAAUCUUUUUCUGCAUUAUAUGCCUAACUCUUUAAUAUUAAAUAGGGAGAUGAUGAAAAAGCUAAUAUUUAAUUUAUUGAAGAUUAAUUAAAAAAGUAAAAUAUUUUUAUAGAAGAAAAAGAAGGAUAAAUAAAAUAAUAAAAAGAAGAAUAAAAAGAAGAGAAAAAAGAAGUGUAAAAAGAAGAAGAACAACAAGAAGAGUUAAAUGAAGAUGAUAAAAACACAAAAAAAUUUACAAAAACUUUAGAAGAAUAAAGCAUUAUAAUAGAAUAAUUAAAAGAUACAUUAGAUAAAGAAAAUGUGUUUAAAAUUCAAAAUAUAGAUUUUGAAAAAGAUAAUAAAAUACACAUAGAUUUUAUUUAUUCUUUAACAAAUUUAAGGGCAAAUAGUUAUUCCUUACCUGAGAUGAAUUGGUUUACUUGUAAAAUAAAAGCUGGUAAAAUUGUUCCUGCAUUAGCUUCUACAACAGCUUCUAUAGCAGGGCUUUAAGUUAUUGAGUUUAUUAAAUAUAUGUAAAAUAAAAAAACCUUAAUGAGAAAUUCUUUUCUUAAUUUAGCUGUGCCUAUUAUAUCAGUUAGUGAACCAGGUUAAGCUAAAAAGAAAAAAAUUAACUCUUUAUUAGAAAUUGAUCUAUGGGAAAGAUGGAAUUUCCAAGUUACAGAUUAAAUGACUCUUUCUUAAUUACUUUAAUUAAUUUAAAAAGAAAAAUAAAUUUAACCUUAUAGUGUACUUUUUGGUUAAAAACUUAUCUUUUCUAAAUUAAUGGGUGACAAUUAAAAUAUCUUAUAAAAGAAAAUUAAAGACCUUAUUGUAAUUAUUUAUUAAUUAAAAUUUAUUUAUUAAUUAAUAGGUUGA